AUGAAUUUUAACUUAUUUCAAGAAGGAAACUGUACUUUUCCUAAUUUACAAAUUGAAAAUGAUGAAAAUAAAACGGGUAUUAACCCGUCAACGGAGAUUCCAUUUUUUAUGCCUUCUUUUGCAGCUCUCAACGCUUUUAAUCAAAAUCUAAAUAUGCCAUUGAAUGCGGAGACGGAAUUACUUUCUAGGGCACUUUCUGCCAAUGCUUAUGCUAAUAUGGAUAACACUGGAACCUUUCAGGCGCCGGACGGUUUAAAUUUAGGUCUUCAGUCUUCUCUACUCCAACCAACUGGACUUGUGAGCAAUUUAUCAGUUUUAAGACCACAAAGCGAGGUUUACGCCAACAACUUCAGCAAUGGUCACGACCUAUAUAAUAUAAUCUCGCAACCUUUAACUGAAUGUGUAGGAGCUCCUAGCUUCUACCCCAUUUCAAAUGCGCUAAUUGGGGCAGCCAUUUCAGUUGCACCUACCUUUUAUAUGAGGGCAAAUGACGCUUAUUCCAUCUAUACAACUGCGCCCCAAUGGAUACCAGUGAAUAGAGUUGCUCAAACUGGUCAGGAAGCCCAGAGAUAUAUACUUCCUGAUGGUAAGAUAAAGUACAACACCGAGUAUAUUAAUAAAAAUGCUCUUCUUCCACGCAAACCCCUUAGAUUUUGCGCAGAAUGCAAAGCUACGGAUACUCCGCAGUGGCGACGGGGCCCAGAUGGAAAGGUUAGUUUAUGCAAUGCCUGCGGGAUAAGAUUUGACAAGCGCAGGAGAGAAGCUAAGGCUAUGGUCGGAAAGAGAUAA